AGUAUGGCAAGUGUAUCACAAGGAAAACUUGCAGAACACCUUAGUUGAGCUUGCAAGAAGCCUGGCGUGUCGCUGGACGUCGUUUCUGUUGUCCUCGACCUGUUUUGUGCUCCAGUGGCGGGCAUGAUGCCUGCAAUUAGGUGACACGUCUAGUGGUCGUCAGCAAAAAUGGAGAAUGAAGACGGACCUGAACCAAAUGCCGCUGAGGGCGUUGGAGCUGGGCUCGCAGACGAAAUUAGCAGGCGCUUGACCACCAGCGACCCGGUCCCACCUCUGACCCAGGCGAAUGAGGGAGACCCUUCAAAGCCGCCCCCACGCAUUCUGUGCGAGGAGCGGCACGACUGCACGGCCGACGAUGGCGACUCUCGCGGGCCCGAUCCCGGGCUGGUCUCCAAGUGGCGGCAGAAGGACAAAGUCAAGACGACCAGCGUUGCGCUCGUGCUGUGCCUCAAUAUCGGCGUUGACCCGCCUGACGUUAUCAAGAUAUCGCCGUGCGCGCGGCUGGAGUGCUGGGUUGACCCGAUGUCCGCCCAGCCGGCGAAAGCGCUGGAGCACAUAGGCAAGAACCUGCAGGCCCAGUACGAGCGCUGGCAGCCCAAGGCCAAGUACAAGAUGCACCUGGACCCCACCGUGGACGACGUCAAGAAGCUGUGCGCCAGCGCGCGCCGCUACGCCAAGAACGACCGGGUGUUGUUCCACUACAACGGCCACGGCGUGCCGCGGCCAACCGCCAACGGCGAGAUCUGGGUGUUCAACUCCCGGUACACGCAGUACAUCCCCCUGUCCGUGUACGAGCUGCAGUCGUGGGUUGAGACGCCCUGCAUCUACGUGCUGGACUGCUCGGCAGCGGGCCUCAUCCUCAACGCACUGAGGCAGCUCGUGGACCAGCGCGCGGGCGGGCCGGGGGGGCACGACGCCUCGCGAGGCCUGGAGAUCAUUGUGCUGGGCGCCUGUGGCGCGGGCGAGACGCUGCCGCAGAACCCCGACCUGCCCGCGGACGUGUUCACGGCCUGCCUCACCACCCCCAUAAAGGUGGCGCUGCGCUGGUUCUGCAGCCGCAGCCUGAUGCGCCACGACGGCCUGACCAAGGACCUGAUCGACCGCAUCCCCGGCAAGCAGACCGACCGCAAGUCGCCGCUGGGCGAGCUCAACUGGGUGUUCACGGCCAUCACCGACACCAUCGCCUGGAACGUGCUGCCGCGGCCCAUGUUCCAGAAGCUUUUCCGCUCGGACCUGCUAACCGCCAGCCUGUUCCGCAACUUCCUGCUGGCUGAGCGCAUCAUGUCCGCCGCCGGCUGCACGCCCGUCAGCUACCCGCGACUGCCGCCCACACACCAGCACCCCAUGUGGCAGGCCUGGGACCUGGCUGCUGAGAUGUGCCUGGUGCAGCUGCCCACCCUGUCCAGCGACCAGCAGGCCGAGUUCAAGCCCAGCCCCUUCUUCUCGGAGCAGCUGACGGCGUUUGAGCUGUGGCUGGCGCACGGCAGCCGAGACAAGAAGCCGCCGGAGCAGCUGCCCAUCGUGCUGCAGGUCCUCCUGAGCCAGGUCCACCGGCUGCGCGCGCUGGUGCUGCUGGGUCGCUUCCUGGACAUGGGGCCAUGGGCGGUGGAGCUGGCGCUGAGCGUGGGCAUAUUCCCAUACGUGCUCAAGCUGCUGCAGACCACCUCCUCCGACCUGCGCUCCACGCUGGUGUUCAUCUGGGCCAAGGUGCUGGCGCUAGACCGCAGCUGCCAGGUUGACCUGGUCAAGGACGCGGGCCACCUCUACUUCAUCCGCUACCUGGACUCUGUGGACGGCCACAUCGACCUCUACAGCCGCGCCCAGGCCGCAUUCGUGCUGGCGGUCAUUUGCGACGGACACCCCAAGGGCCAGGCCCUGUGUGCUGGCAGCCAGCUGCUUGCGGUGCUGCUGCGCUGGCUGCGCAGUCUGGCGCCUGUGAGCCUCACCUACGGCCCCCCGGGGCACCCGCUGCUGCUGAGGUGGCUGUGCCUGUGCAUCGGCAAGCUGUGCGAGGACAUACCCGAGUUCUCGCUUCAUGCCAUCCGCGAGGGUGCCGCCGACAUCCUGGUCCAGCUGCUCACCAGCCCCCUGCCCGAGAUCCGGGCAGCCGCCAUCUUCGGCCUCGCAUGCCUCAUCCACUCCUGCCCCGCCGCCGGAGACAGGCCACUGCACCUGCACGCCGGCGGCGGCGGCGGCGGCGGCGGCGCGGGGGCGGGCGGCGGCGGCGAGGGCGGGGAGGGCGGCGAGCACGGCGGUCCGGUGCUGAGCUUGACGCCCAGUGAGGACCGACUGCCGGCGGAGCGGCUGAUCGCGGGGGCGGUGACGCAGGUUGUGUACGACCCCGCUGUGCUGGUGCGCGGCGAGUUGGCGGUGCUGUUUGCGCGCUUCGUGCGGGGUCACGGCGGCCACGUGCGCGAGGCCAUGGCGCAGCAGCAGCGCAAGCUGGAGGAGGCGGUGGCGGCGGCGCGGGCGGCGGCCGGCGACGACGGCGGCGGCGGCGUGCGGCCUAGGUCCAGUCCCGGGAACGCGGGGGCAGACGCCGCCGGCUGGCAACCCGGCGGCGGCGGUGGCGGCGGCGGCACGCCCACCGACCCGGCGGCGGCGCAGCAGCAAGUGCUGUACGGCAAAAUCGCCGAGGCCAUCACAAUGCUGGCUUUGGAUCCAGCGCCCAAGGUGGCGCGGCUGGGGCGGGAUGUACUGCGGAUCGCGCAGUACGAGCUGUCGUUUGCGGCGGCGGGCGGCGGCGGCGGCGCGGGCGGCGGCGGCGCGUACGGCGCCAACGGCAGCUUGUCGCCGCGACGCGGCGAGAGCGGCGUGGGCGCCUUCGCCGCCAAGCUCAAGCCGCGCUCCUGGCGCUCGGGCUUCACCAUCGGCGGCCUGCCCAACCUGUCCCGCAUCUCCGCCGACCCCCACGACCCCGGGGCCGCCUCCGCCUCCUCCUCCUACAACCCAUCCACCUCCGUACCCGGCGGCGGCGGCGGCGCCGGCGGCCCCAGCUCCGGACCGUCAGGCAGCAUGAUGCGGCGCGUGCCGGCAACCGCCGCCGCCGCCGCGGCGGCGGCGGCGGUUGGCGCCGCCGCCGCCAGCGGCGCCACUUCGACGUCCGCUUCGCCGCCGUCGCCGGGACGCGACGUACCAAUGGCGUACAGCAGGCAUCCGUACACGCUUCGUACGGUGGCGGACGGCGGCGCCGCCGGCGCCGCCGGCGGCGGCAGUGUGGGCGGCAUGUCGGACUACGAGGGCGGUUCACACCACCACUCGCACCACCACCCGCACCACCAUGGCUACGCGGACACUCGCGCGCACGGGGGGUCGGGGCUGGCGGGGGCCAUGCUCAGCAGCGCGCAGGACGCGGCCCCGCCGCCCAUCCCCCGCUCCCUCAUCUACGGCCUCAGCUGUGAGUACUUCUCCCGCCCCAUGCUGGAGCCGCAGUGUGCCGCCUGGCGGGAGAGCGACGGGGCCAAGGCCAGCCCCUGGACGGCGCCCGUGGACCCGGAGAGGAAGGCCCGGCGCAAGGCCAUGAUGGAGGCUGCCGCCGGCCUCAGUCGCGCCAUGCGCACACCCAAACUGCGCGAGCAGCUGCACUCCAUCGAGUCCGGCCCCGAGCCCGUGAGUGCGCUGGACUUCCACCCCUACCACCAGGUGCGUGUGAGCCCGGCGCCGGAGGCGGGCGGGGCGGGCGGGGCGGGAGGUUUGGGGUCGGGCGGGGCUGUGACGACCAAGGUGCUGCAGGCGCACACCAAGGGCGGCGUGUGUGCGCUGGCGGGACACACCAUGGCGCCGCUGCUUGCUACUGGGACCAGCAGCCAGGUGGUUAAGAUCUGGACGGACUCGGGCGACGUGGUGGGCACGCUGCGCCCAGGCAACUCCUCCACGCUGCUCGCACCCCACCGCGUGGGUGCCGUCACCGCCAUGGCAUUCCACGCCUACGCGCCUGUGCUCGCAGCCGCCGGCGCAGACCACUGCACCGUAUACGAGCUGCACGACCCCCAGGCCGCCAGCGCGGCGGCGGCGGCGGCGGCGGCGGCGCGGGCGGAGCGCGCCAGCAGCCUGCUGCCGUAGAGCGUGGUGUGCGGUGUGGCGUGGUGUGGGGUGGGGCGUGGGUGUGGUGUGGUGUGGUGUGGUGUGGUGUGGUGUGGUGUGGUGUGGUGUGGUGUGGUGUGGUGUGGUGUGGUGUGGUGUGGUGUGGGUGUGGGUGUGGGGCGUGGGUGGCGGCUGCACUUGGGCGGUGGCUGCCCCGGGCGGGCUGCCGUAGGUGGCGGAUAGGGUUUUGGCGCAGGUGUGCGGUGCGGUGAGGAAGGGCGCAGGUACAAGAAUGAAAGAAGGGGUGGCGGAUGAGUAUGGAGGAGGCAGGCGCGCUCGCCGCCAGGGGUGUGGGGGCGCGCGCGUGCGAGGCUGGUCAACGAGGGUUCUAAAGGAGGGCCGGCGGUUGUGGGCAGUAGAGGGGUGUGGGAAGUAGCGGCGGCCGGCAGCAGCAGCAGCAGCAACAACAAGGCGAGGAGGAGGAGCUGGAAGACGGUGCGGGAUGACGAGUCGCGCGCGGCACAGUGCGUGAGGAGGUAGCAGUAGAAUCUGCGGGCAUCGCAGCAGUUGCGACGGCUUGCAAGGUUUAUAAGGUGUGGAACUCCAUGCGUCGUGUGUGGGUGUGGGUGUGUGGUGGUGGUGGUGGGGGGGGGGGGGUUAUGUGCCCGACUCCAACAAAUUAGCGGGGGGUAUGUUAUGCAGACCACACGUUGCAACAAGUGUUGGGGCCUUGUGGUGUGUGUGUGGAGGGGUUGGCCUCACAUUGAUAGAGCAGGGCAGCGUGCGGCGCGGAACAGCAGUGGGGUUGGGGACGUGUGUGUGUGUGUGUGUGUGUAUGUGUGCGUGUGUGUAUGUAGGAGUGUGUAGGAAUGCGAAGAGCCGGACUGCCGCAGGCGUACGGCAUGCCGGGUUGUCAGUUGUGUGGCAUCUCUUCGGUUCGAAGUGUCACGAAGGCAGUAGGAGGUUUGCGGGACCGUGGCGGCGGGCGGGCAGCGUGUCCCCUGGGGCGGGGUCCCGGGGUGAGGGGGGUCGUAAAUACCAGCCCAAAGGGGGGGACGGGCGACGUGUAUUGGACACGGACACGGACCAGACACACGGCACACGCGACGGACGGCACGCACAGCAGCUACCGCAUUAUUGUAGGUGGUGCAUGGAACGAUCGGUCCUGAAAAGCGGGGCGGGUUGGCGGACCUGUGAGUUGAUGCGAGGAAGCCGUGGAAAGCCGGGUGGAACCAGCCCAGCGCGAGAUUCUUGCAAUUCCCUGUUCUCGAGUUAGCAAGCUGCGAGCACCAAGGGGUCAUUUGCGGUAAAUGCGCGACGUGUUUGUCCGGCACAGGGAUGCGGGGACUAUCCCGCUGGUAGGCAUGCGCGUCGAGCUACAUGCGUGAAGGCCUUAUGAGCGC